AUGUCACGCUACCGAUCUUCUGCAGUCGGUGUUGCAUUACAUAGGAUAUUGAUGAAAGUCCUGAUAUUGACGGUGUUCCUGUUCACUUUGGCGCUGUGCGCCGGACAUAUCGGCAGCGGCCUGAUGAUGCAAGACCUCAGUCCUCAGGUCUACUGCGGCAGAAACCUCGCCAUAGCGAUAUCGGAGCUUUGUCUCAUGCAGAGACACCAAAAGAGAUCCGAGGGGCCCUUGUUCGGUACUGGCAUCUCCCCCUAUUACAAAGAGGACUAUGGCUGGCCUUGGCUUCCCCCCCACCAGGCAAAAGGCCUGACGCUUCCCUCGCGCGGCAAGAGGCUCGUGAACGGGAUCGUUGACGAAUGCUGCAAUAAGCCCUGCAGCAUGGAGGAAAUGCUUGGUUACUGUAAUUAG